GUUCAAAUUUGAUUAAAAUUUUUCAAUAAAAGAGAAGUUAUUUAACUACCCUUAACUUCCAUAACGGAAAGAGACGCAUGCGAUACCCAUCUGCUUCUGUUAACUUUGGCCACUGGUAAUCACCCAGAAAAGAAAUUUAAGAUCCAUCAUAGGACUAAAAAAAUUCUUUAUCUUUAUUUAUAUUGUCGUUUAGAGUAAUUGUCUCUAUAAAAGUAAUUUUUGUUGAGUUAACAUCUCUCAACAGUAAAAGAUCUUUUAACUCGAGUUGUGUGGCAUUGAAAUUAAUUGUGAAAUGCGCAGCAAAUUGCAAGCCACCCGACCAGCCAACGCAUUUAUAAUACUGCAUAUUCCAUACCAUGGUCACCUAAUCUGGGAACAAUUAGAGCAUUUUCGCAGUUUUACACAGAUUCUCAAAGUUCUACAGCCCAAUCCUUUUUUACACUUUAUCAACAUAAACGGAUGCUUUGAGCACUUUUAACAUUCCUCCGUUGCUUUUUCCCUUUGCGUAUUGGUGAAAAAUCACCAGUUGCGUCGAGUGUUUGCACGCUGAAAUGCCGCCGAGUCAGUCGGGCUGGCAGGGUUGUCAGCGUUGACAGUGAAUUUUCAUGAAGUGGUGAGAGUUGACAAAGUGAACAGAAAAAGUGAGAAAAAAGUGUCUAAAAAGAUUCAAUUGGCAAAACGGCGAUUUCACUAGAAGUUGACGUGUGUGGCUUUGAAGCUUUCGAAGGACACGUGAAGAGACCGAAAGUUUCAGGUGAAGAAGGCGAAGAGUAGCAGAAGAAGCUGAGCUGUGGAGGAUCUAAAGGCGAUAUUCCAACUAUUCCAUGUGGUGAUGAUUAACGCACAGACAACAGUGUGAAACAGAAAUGAUGGCAGGAAAAGACGACAAAAUGGAAAGGAGUGAUAUCGAAACAAUUGCCAAUGUAGAUCAUAGUCAUAGCGUUAAGGAUUACUUUAGGUACGAUGAGUUCCUGCCGUCGAGCGGUGCGCCCGCUGUCAGUGGCUGGGGGAGCCCGACCAAGGGGGCCACGUGGGGUGAGAACGCGGCCGGUGGGUCUGGCGGAUCUGAACAGCAGCAGCAGCAGCAGCAACAGCAACAGCAGCAGCAGGGCAAGACAACGACAGCGGAUGACAAUUGCAAUGAGGAUGGUGCUUGGGGUACAUCGAGACUCAAUUUGGGAAUUGCGAAGCCACCGUCGCAAUUCGAUUGGCCGCCACCCACCGGCAAUGGUGCUAAUGUUGUCGCCAGUAAGGUGCCAAAGUGUGAUCCGGGCGCCAUGGAGGCCAGUGCGAGUCAGGCCAGUGAGAAUCCCAACGGAAGUGUGAAUCUGAAUGCUGCGAAGCCGGACGCCGCCAUGGCAACGGGUGAAUCUGAGGCGGCUGCAGCACCGGUGGCGCCUGCCAAUGCGGCCAAGAAUCAACUCAAUCAACUCCGCGAUGCCCUGUACGCGUACGAGGGCUGGGGCAAGGAUCACGUGAAUCAGGAGACUCAAUGGGAGGUGGCGAUGUCACCCACGAAAUCUCUCGAUGCGUCCGGUGGCGUGGCUGCGCCCACGGGUACGGAAUUGUGGCAUGAGAACCUCACGAGACCAGGCCAUCGGGAGACGCAACAGUUGCCGGAGGAUAGAGGCACUGGCGGCUGGGAUCACGUGCCAGCGAGUAAUUUCGGUGGCACUUGGGGUGAGAAUAACGAGAUUGACGAGGGCGGCAGUAGCGUGUGGUCGACGACGCCCAGUAUCCCGUCCCGAGGGGAGUUCCAGUGGAACCUCGUGGAGGGCAUGCCUGCGAUUCCGGCGGUGAACAAGGCUCCGGGCGCCGCGGUUGUUCCCCCACCACCCACCGUGGCCUCCGUGGAGGCAGAUGCUGGUGCCUUGGGCGGCAAUAUCUGGUCCGCCGCGGCAGGAAGUGGAGCCGCAGCUCCCGGUGGGGGCGUGUGGAAUGAUUCGCGUGCCGACUCGAUGAUCCGCGGCGGCGUGACUGGUCGUCUCAAUCUCAUGGAUAACCCAUCGAAGGCAUCUGGUUGGGGCGAGGACCCGCUUGCUCAGAUGCCGCCCACUCAGCCGGCCACCACGAGUUUCUGGAGUCAGCAUCAGCCGCCACAGGCCGUCCAGCCGCCACCGCAGGCUAAUGCGGGAGCGGCAAAUUGGAAUCACGACAUUCCCGACGUGAGCGGCGUGCGAAGCCGCCUCGCGGCUGGACCCAUGCAGCCGCCACCGAAUCUUCCUGAUCGCUUCGCCGCGAAGCCAGACGCUACUCCAUGGGCACAGGGUAUGACGAAGAAUGGCCUUUGGGACCAGAUGGGCGACCGCGCAGCUCCGGAGACGCCAGGAGGUGGCGGUGGUGGCGGCUUGUGGGGAAAGUCCGGCAAGGGCGGUGGUGGCGUGUGGCCAGAUCAGGGUGAGUUCCGCAACUGGACGCCCAAUGGACAGCCACAGCAGCACUUCAAUGCCCCGAAUGGCAUGAACAAGUUCGCCCUCGGCAGUGGCAAUCGCAUGGGUGGCACUAACAAGGUGCAAGAGAUCAUCCGGAGCAGCAAACAAUUCCGUCUCAUGAGCACAAUGGGCUUCAAGGCUGAUGAUAUCGAGACCGCCCUGCAGAUGACAAACAUGAACAUGGACGAAGCCGUUGAACUCCUGGGUCAGUCACAGAGGAGCAUGGGGAAGUUCGGGGGUGACUUCUGUGAGCCAGGACGUGCCUUAUCUGGGCGUUUUCCACCGCCACCAUCGCAACAUCCACAGCAAUCAUCCGGCGCCAUUAAUGGCAGUGGCUUGGACAAUGCACAGCUGCUACAUAUUCAGAAGUACCUGAACCAGGCUUCCAACAAUCCUUUGGUAUCAUCACAACAAGGGGCUGCUGGGGGCGGUGGCAUUAACUUAAAUCAACUCCAGGCAGCUAAUCCAACCACCGAGCCAUCCAUUCAUCAGCUACGUGGUCUCGUGCAGCAGAUCGAAAUGGCAGUCCAGGCGGGAUAUCUAAAUCAACAGAUUCUCAAUCAACCGCUCUCUCCUCACACUGUGCAACUUCUAAGUCAACUCUUGAAUAAUAUCAAGCACCUUCCUGCGCCUCAGAAUCAAUUAUCUUCUCAGCCAUCAGUCUUCAAAGGGCAACAACAAUCAGUUGCCGAUUAUCAACGGGCUCAGCAGCAAUUCGAUCCCAUUGGAUCAUUGCAGGGAAAUUUCACAGACUUGGCAUUGAACAAGCAGCAGAAUCAGAAGCUGCCAUUCGGUCAAGCUCCUCAGGCUGGAACUCAAGUGCAGAGUCGACUCAACCAGUGGAAACUUCCGCCUAGUGUGACUCCAGACAACGACAUGGCGAACUUUUCCAGAGCUCCAGGAACUUCUACGAAGCCACCACAUCUCACAAUGAAUUUUUCCAUGAACUAUGAAGGACCUUGGUCUUCCGAACCAAAUAAUGCAUCUGACGGGUGGCCAGAUAUUCCAGAAUUUGAGCCCGGAAAACCAUGGAAGGGGCCUCAAAUGAAGACAAUGGAAGAUGAUGAAAUGUGAUGAAUUUUGAGUUUAACUUUAAAAGAGAAAACAAGAAAACAAGUCAGCAUACAAAAAGAUAUGAGAAAAAAGAUAUGAAUGAAAAGAAUGAUUUCAAACACACACACAAGAAAGUCGAUGAUUGGUGAAAACAAAAUGUAUUGCUAAAUGUGGAUAUGAAAGGACACGCCAAAAAGAAGUUUCGUCUUACAUAUUUUUUGAUUUUGUGUCGUGUUUUUCCCCCUCGGAAUGCCGAUGUUACAAAAGAACAUGUAGAAGAUGCAAAGAAGCAAAAAUUCUCACUUAAUUUUAUACUGAUAGCAAUGAAGAAAAGAAACGUUGAAUCACACCUUUAAUUUACACCGUAAGAAUGUAAAACAAUAAAGAGAUGAAAAAAACAACACA